AGAGUGGCUACUUUUACUACUAGCCAGUAUAAGAGAGACAGUAGAAUCUAUAAGAUGUAGAAACUCACAUGCAACCCCUUUUACCGUUUGCUUAAGGAGCUUAUUUUUUGGUUGCAAACAGAGGGAGAGAGAAAAGAGGGAGCGUGUUUCGUUCCAAACAGCACUGAAGAAAUGACUAAAGAAGAAGACUUUAAGCUCCUUAAGAUCCAGACUUGUGUUCUCAAAGUUAACAUUCACUGUGAUGGGUGUAAGCACAAAGUGAAGAAACUCCUUCAGAGAAUUGAAGGUGUUUACCAAGUUCAAAUAGAUGCAGAACAGCAGAAAGUAACGGUUUCAGGUAGUGUGGAUUCUGCAACCUUGAUCAAGAAGCUGGUGAGAGCUGGUAAAUAUGCCGAGCUCUGGUCUCAGAAAACAAACCAGAACCAAAAGCAGAAGAACACCAACGCGAAGGAUGACAAGAACAAAGGACAGAAGCAAGGCCUUCCCAAGGGGCUUGAUGCCUUCAAAAACCAGCAAAAGUUUCCUGCUUUUAGUUCUGAAGAGGAUGAAUACUACUCUGAAUACGAAGACGAUGAUGAGGACGAAGAUGAAGAAAUGCGGUUUCUAAGGGAGAAAGCCCAUCAUCUGCAGAUGCUCAAGCAGCAAACAGCUAAUGCAAAUGUGAGGAAAAGUAUGGGGGGCAUGGGAGCAGGUGCCAUCAAUGGUAAGAUGAACAAUGGUGGUGGCAAUGGUGGUGGUGGUGGUGGCAAGAAAGGAGGCCCGAAUCCGAAUAUGGGAAUGAAGGAGAGUCCGAAUGGGGGGCUUGAUCAGAAAACAAUGGCAGCCUUAAAAUUGAACGGUGGUCAUGUGGGUGGUGAAGGCCUCGGCCUCAAUCUUGGUGAAGCGAAAAGGGCCAAUGACAUUGGGGCCAUGAUGAACAUGGCUGGUUUUAACGGUAACGGUGGCAAUGUCACCAGUGCCACUGUUCUAGGAGCCAAUAAUUCUAGUGGCAUGGGAGGUUUUCCUGUUCAGUCCAAUAACAUGAUUCCAGGGUCCUCUGCAGGUUUUUCAAAUGGAGGUAUUGGUGCUGGGCAAUACCCAUCUUCUCUGUUAAUGAACAUGAAUGGGUUCAACAACCAUCCAUCCCCAUCGCCAUUGAUGAUGAACAUGAACAUGAACAUGCAGGCUAGACAAGCCAUGCAACAACAGCCCCAGAUGAUGUAUCACAGGUCUCCCUUGAUUCCCCCCAACACUGGCUAUUACUACAACCAUAGCAAUAGCUACAGCCCUGCACAAUACGCCUAUUCCUAUGGGUUGCCUAGUUACCCUGGGGGUGAUGAUCACUCUGCGACUCACAUGUUCAGUGAUGACAACACAAGCAGCAGUUGUUCAAUAAUGUAAUGAUAGAUAGUAGAGCCCAAAAAGUGAAAAGAAAAGCAAAAUAGGUGGUGGGUUUGACCUUAUAGUCCCAUUUACCAAGCUAGAAUAGUGUUUGACUGCAAUGUGGUGGGGCAUAUGAAUGUGUUGGGGAUGGACGAAUGAAUGAAUGUGUGAGGGAAUCAUAUCAGUGUAUCAGUGUACUGGUUAAGAUGAUGUUUGCCUUGUUAUUUUUUAAGAGAAUAUUGUAUCGCUGCUUGUCCUGUCUUGUGAAUUA